ACAGACCAAUCACCGUUCCGGAGCAUGGCGCGAAUCGCCUCUGGAGGAUCUUGCACUUGUCUGGGUCCCUGCACUGAGCAUCUCGACUUGCAAUCAGUCCCUUUCCCAGCUUCGAAAGAAGGAUCCCUUGUCAUCCUUAUCCCACAGCCUUAAAUCCUAUCACCCAAACCGGCUGAUCGGCGGGAACCGGAAGUGUGCACCAGGGACGGGUCCCAGUGAACUCCGCCGGAAGUAGUGAUUGCUAGGGGGAUUCCCUUCGCUCAGCAUGGCGGCGAUCCCCCCAGACACCUGGCAGCCGCCCAACGUCUACCUGGAGACUAGCAUGGGAAUCAUUGUGCUGGAGCUGUACUGGAAGCACGCUCCGAAGACCUGCAAGAACUUCGCAGAGCUGGCUCGGAGGGGCUACUACAACGGCACCAAGUUCCACAGGAUCAUCAAGGACUUCAUGAUCCAAGGCGGAGACCCGACAGGCACAGGUCGAGGUGGCGCCUCUAUUUAUGGCAAGCAGUUUGAAGAUGAGCUUCAUCCAGACCUGAAGUUCACUGGGGCUGGGAUUCUUGCAAUGGCCAAUGCAGGACCAGACACCAACGGCAGCCAGUUCUUCGUGACCUUGGCCCCCACACAAUGGCUGGAUGGCAAACAUACCAUUUUUGGCCGCGUGUGCCAGGGCAUAGGGAUGGUGAAUCGAGUGGGCAUGGUGGAAACAAACUCCCAGGACCGGCCUGUGGAUGACGUGAAGAUCCUGAAGGCUUACCCUUCUGGGUAGACGGAGUGCUGUCUCCAGUCCACCCCGGUCCUAGUGAGCUGUUGUCCGAUGACAUGGGGUGCCGCGUGACUCAGCGUCACGCAUACCUACUCUGAACCAGAGGGGUCGUCUCUGGGGACAUUUGUAUUCGGCCGACAGUCACAGACUUGAAAAGCAGGCGCGUUGAUGAGCGGGUUAACUGCGUAGCCCCUUUCAGCCUCCAGCGCGAGUUCUCCAGGAAUGUGCACAGCUCUCUCUCUCUCUGUCUCAGAGCCUCUGCUUCUGACACUGAACAUCCCACGCAAAGCCGCACUGAAUUGUUGCCAAAUGAAAAAUGCAUCCAACAAUCAAGUCGCUAAGAAGGUGUCAAGUGGGGAAUGAUAAUGUGGAGUGAUCGGGAUGAUUGGAAGCAGAAGCGCUGGCCAUUUUUCCUCCGGGAGGGAGUGGGAGUCUAGUGAACACAAGGCCAGGCCUUCACGGGCCUCCCCACGGGAAGUGACACUUUUUAGGGCUUUAGAGAAAAUAGGUAAGAGGUUCUUAUGUCUUUUUUUUUUUUUUUUUUUUAACUCUUUCUGGAUUUGAAGGGGGUGGGGUAAGAGGAAAGGUGUUAAUGCCUAUGUGAUACACAGAAACUUCCAGAAUAAAACACCAUUGGUAGGUGAAACCA